AUGGGUGCAGCUAUUCUUCAUCUCAUUGUGGCUCGGAAACAGGCAGAGUGUGGUGGCAGGCAGGCGUGUACGUCGUCAGACGAAGAAUGGACCAGACUCGUCGAGGGACAGGUGCCAUGUGGCAGAGGAUGUGCGGGGACGCAGAUGGGGACCCCUGGAAAACUUGAGGGACCACAUGAGCAGCCAAGGGCCUCCCAGCCGUACCUGAGCUGUGAAUGCGGCAGCCGAGCGGGAUCCGGCACCUGUUCUAAGCAGAUACAGGCGGCCAGCAAGCACACAGAGGGAGGCCAGCGCAUGGCUGCCAACCAGGAGAAGGAGAAGGCUAGAUUUCCAUUUAACAGAAAGUGCAGCCCGAUUACCAAAUCGGCACACGCAGCGAAGCUUUUGCAGUUUUGCAGCAUUGUCAUCCGGCCUGUGGAUGUGUGUCAUAGCUGGGUGAGUGGGAGUCAUGCAGAUGGAUUGUGGAAAACCUUUAGCUUGGCAGCUCCGGAGAAACAUGACCACUCCCUGCCAUUGCUUUCCCCAGCUGAUCUACCACCUUCUUCUGUUUACUUGAUACCAGAGAGGCAGCCAUCGCAGCAAACUAACAUGUCGUCCCACAAGCGCAACUUCCAGUGCUUCAAUGCUGUAGGGGGAGAAAGCUCCCACAGGUCCCCAGUCCCCUUCAACCCUCACACCACUCGGCUGCCCAGGAUCCCCCAACAUGGCAUUAUGGGCCAUCAUGAACUAGAGAACGAAUGCUAUCUUUGCUCCGAUCACAGACACGCCCGGGCUCUUGAAGCGGCAGAGACCCAGCUGUCACCUCUCUAUCAUGCUCACCCACCCCAUCACCACCAUCCACAUCAGUAUGUUCUUAGAGGGCUGAGCAGACCUGAGGAAGCACCCUUUGGUCACGACCACCUCCUUCAUCAUCACAGGUAUAAUAAGAGGGUGAUGCUGGUUAAGAGCAGUGACCCUUUGGUCAGGAAGGCCAUCGUCUUGCACCGGAAGAGUAUGCGCAGCUUUAGUCUGUUCCUGGAGGAGAUUUCUGAGCUCAUGCAGUACCACAUCAGGAAGUUGUACACUCAGGAUGGCCGCAAGAUUGACAGUGUCCAGAGUCUUCUGGAGAGCCCAGGCAUAGUUCUCUGUGUGGGACGAGAGCCUAACCACCCAUCCAUUCAGGAGAACUUUCAAAAAACAUCCAGUGACAAACUUCCAAAGCUGAGUGCUGACUGCAAUGAAGAAAAAGAAAGACACGCUGUGAAGAAUAGUAUCAACCAUGCAAAUAAGGAAUCUGAGAACAAGUUCACUAAGCAGUCAGUGUCAUCUGAUAAGUCUGUACCAGAUGGAACCGACUCUCCGGACAUCGUUGGUUCCUGUCCACCUACUGGUGACGGUGUGAGAGAAGACGACAUAGAGAAACGGGUUCGAGUUAAUAAAGAUGGCAGUUUGUCCAUGGAGAUGAAAACAUCGUCCUCUGGUGUGGAUGUCAAUAGUGGCUCCACGGGCUCUGGGAAGAGUAGCGAUGGAGCAAAAUGUGGUAUUGCUGAGAACGGUGAUGCGUCUCAAACUCAAAGCAGUGCAGCUUUCUUAGGGACAGAAACAGAAAUUCAAUGGAAAUCUGAGAAGGAGGAAGAAAAACGAGAGGAAGAUACUCCAGGAACAGAUGAUACCAAUGAUAGCCCAAGAGAACUGCCACAAACACCAUCAUCCUCACACAAGAGUACAGAAGAAUCUGACAACAAUGGACAAAAACUUCCAGAGGAAGAUGAAACAGAAUGUCAAGAGAACACCGGUUUACAGAGUCCUGUCCACAGCCAAAGAGCUCAAUUAGCCAAGAUUCUGUCUCAAGAUCCUGAUCCAAUUUGGGUCCUAACCUUACUAACGAAAAUAGAAAAGCAGUUCAUGAAACAUUACAUCAAUGCAAUGAAAGAGUUCAAAGUUCGAUGGAACUUAGGAGAGAAUGAGCAGCUGGACAUGAUGAUAAAUGAACUGAGAGCUGAGGUUCACAAAAGAAUCCAAGCAAGCAUAGACAGGGAGCUGAGGAAAAUUCAAGGUCAAGCGGGCCUACCAAGGCCUCCUAAAAAAGAAAUGUCACAAGCUUCAACUACACAAGCGGAAGGGAGAAGACGUAGGCUGAAGGCCGUGCUCCAUCAAUCAGCUGAUUCACAGGCAGAAAAAAGUGAUGAUUCGGCAACAGGAACAUCUUUCAGUGAUCAACGAAAUGAAAACAUCGAUGAUUUCUGCCCAUGUGAAACAUGUAUGUUGAAAAAGUUACGUCUUCCAGCAGAGAUUAGGGGUACAGCACCAGUUAGCAGUGACUAUGACCUAAAGAGGAUUCUGCUGAUGAAGGCAGGUAUGUCUGUGAACACACAAUCAGCAGUCCACUGUGCUUCCCACUCUGAAAAUGACAGUGAAACAAAAGCAGCAGAGAGACUUGUAGAAAAAGUAAUUGUCACGGCGGUUAAAGAAGUUAAAUGUAAUAUAGACCCCCAGAGUGCUGAAGAAGCCUUCUGCUUUCUGGCAGAUGAAAAGGAAGAAGACACGACUCAGGAAGCUGAACCGGAGGCUCACAGAGACACAGUAAAAGCCUUGCCAGAAGAUAGCAUCAACGAAUUGAGCAAAACUGAAGAUGAGACAGCCUAUAGUGAGAGUGAAGUCACGGGCACAGUUGAAGAAAAGUUUUCGGGACCUGCAACAGCUUUGGAAGAGGACACAGAGGAUGAUUCUGGUGGUGAACAAUGUGAAACGGAAUCCAAAGCUGAGAGAGAGACAACAGGCAACACCCAAGAUCCUUUAGAAAAAGAAUCUGAGGAUGAAAAUGAGGAAGAAAAAACUCCUGUGGUCUCAGCAUAUAAAGACCAGUCUGAUCAAGAGAAGGGAGAAGAAGAAGAUGAAAAUGACUCAGUGGAUGAAGAAGCUGACAGUACCAUAGCUGAAGAUGGAGCUGUGGAAGCCGAUGUGGCAAAUUCAAUUCUAGAUAAAUGUGAGAAAGACGAGGGAGCAGAGGAAUCUGCUUACAACACAGCCAUUUCUGUCUCAAAUAAAAAGAAACUCAUAGACACGGCCUCUGAAACUGCCACAGAAGAUGAUGAAAAUGAAGCAGUUGAGAGUACCACAGCUGCCACGAGUGAACAUGCAACUGAGGAAGAUGAGGCUGCAAAGUCUGUGGUGGCCUCAACUGAACAUGAAACUGACAGUGAGACCACUGCAGCAGCAGAGAAGACUGACGAUGGGGGUGAGACUGGAACUGCCAGUGAAGAUGACUCUGCAGAAGAUUCAGACAUCAUUACAAAUGAAGAUGAAACUUCAGACAAGGGUGUAGCCAGAGAAGUAGUAUCAAAUGGGGCAGUUGCAGAGGCAACUGACGACGAGCUUGCUGUGGGAAAGGAGGCUACUGUGACAACUGAGGAUGAACUGAACAAUGACAGAGCUGAAAAUGAAAAAGAGACCAUUACAGAAGACACGUCAGAAAAAGAAGAGCCUGCGGAGGAAGGCAUGGAGAAUGAUGAAGAAACCGGUGCUCCCAUUUGUCCUGAUGAGAACGAUGACGAAGCCACUGCUGAUGAGUCAUCAGAGGAACCAGCUGAAACAGCAACAACCGAAGAUGAGAUGGCUUUAGAAGAACAGACUGCUGUCCCUGGAGAAGAUGACUCAAAGGUUGAUUCUGCUGAAGAAGAGACUGCUACAGCAACUGAUCGGGAUUCUGACAUUGUGGAAGCUGUUGAAAGAAAGCAGGUUGACGCUAGUGAAUCAGAUGACGUGGAUGAUCUGGAAAGUGCUUCUGAUGCAACCACAGGGGAAGAUGAGAAUGCAGCAGCAGAGACCACCAAUUCAGCAAGUCAUGAACAGGAUACCGACAGAGAUGGUUCAGAGGAAGAAGGAACAGCCACUGAUGAAGAAAAGCUCCCUGCCAUCAGUGCAGGUGAGUCUGCAGAAGAGAACUGUGGCACACGCUCAGCUGGGGAAUCGUCAGAAGACCCAGAUGAAGAAGAAACACCUGAAGUCGAAAAUGAGAUCCCUGCCACAAGGCAGGCUGAGUCAAAGGAAGAAGCUGCAGCAGCAGAGCGUGAGGAUGAGGAGGCUGUUGAAGCACGGACGAGUGAUGACAGAGAAGAAACGGGUGCUAGCAGUGAAAAUGGCUCUGCAGAGGACACUGAUGCCACAACCCACGAUGAUGAAACGGAUGGGGAAAAGGACGGCAAUGAUAGCAAACAGUCACAGAAAAAUGAUGAGGCUGUGGAUGGAGGGAUGGUUGACAGCACUGAACAGCCUGUGACAGAAAACAGUGAAGAUGAUGAAGCUGCAGUCAAAAUUUACGCUGAAGAAGAAACUGAUGCAGCUACAAGUGAACAUGAAUCCGACAAAGAGACAGCUGCAAAUACCACCAGUGCAAGAGAAACUGACUCUGACGGAGAGACUGCAGAAGACAAAGAGGUCACAAGUGAUGAUGACCUGAAAGAAGAUGUUGGUGGGGGGGACGCCACUGUGGCUGAGGAGAAUGAUGGAACAACUGAAGAUGCAGAAGGUGGUACCCCUACCACUGAUGAUGAUUCUGAGGAUAGUAAGGCUGCCACCACAAAUGAUGAAACAUCGGCCACAGAAAAGGAAGAAGAGAAUGUUAAAGGUUACAAUCACUCAAAUGACAAGGAGCUGGAGGAAAUGACAGGUGGGGAAGAACAAUGUAACUGUGGUGAUUCAGAGGCUGAUCCUGAAUCUGCAAGGGAUGAAAACGCAUCAGAAGAAGAGACAGACAACCUAGCAAUAGACGAGAAAGAAUCAAUAAACGGUGAGAGAACCGAUGCUGAUCAGACCACAGAACAAUGUGACACAUUGAAAGUAACAGAUGAUAAGGAGUCAGGAGACGAUGAGUCAGAGGCCAGGCCAGGAAACGAGUCAGCUGAUGAGACUGCACAUGAGGCCUCAGAUGAGAACGAGACUUCAAGUGCGGCUGAACAUAUAGAAGAGGUAUCAGCCGCAGAGCCCAACGAGACUGAAUCAUCUGAAAAAAAUGCAGAAAGUAGCACAGCUGAAGAUUUCCAAGAAGAAAAAAGUGAAGAUGACAAAUCUCAUGUUCAGGAGCCAACGGGGGCCGAAAUGCCUGCAGAGGAAUCUGAAGGGGAGGAAUCUUCUGAACGAGAAAGCACAAAAGAGUCUGAAUCAAAAUGUGGCAGGUGCACAGAAGAUAUGGCAAGAGAUGAGGCUGAAGAUCAUCAAACUGCAGAUGAAGAGUCAGGGGAACCUGAAAUAACAGAGAAGGAUUUUAUAAAAAGUAAUGGUGAAGAAGAAUCUGAAGUAGAGAGUAUGCAGUCAGGGGAGGCUGUUCAAACCACAAGGGAGGAAUCCACUGAAAAUGCAGGAUUUGAAUCUGCAGCAGAUGAGGAACAGCAACCUAAAAAAGACCACGAGGCAGUGGAGGAGGCUGUGACCGAAUCUGAGGCUGAUCCUGAUAAAGAAGAAAGUGAAGAAAGAGAUCUGACUGAAGAGCGCCCAGAAGGGAAAAUGAAAAAUAGAAGAUGGAAAGACAACAAAGGCAAUACUGAUGCGUCUACCGAGACACUCAACGAAGACUGGAGUCGAGAUUUGGGAGACUCAGCUGAUGGAGAAGACGAAGCAGAAGAAGACUCCGAUGAGCCAACUGACGAUGGGUGUAGGCCUUCCAUUCCAAGCACAGCAAACAGCCACGAUGCAUCUAGCUGUGCAGCCAAGGAAACAUUGUUAAUACCUCUUGAUGCGCUGAGAAAAGAGAGCGCCGAAUCUGACGGCGCUUACGCUGAUGUUGAAGAUUCAGAGACUGAAAUAAUAACAACCGUGAGUAAGUAA